AAAUACAGUACCAAGUUUCAAAAAAUGGAAAAAGUCCUCUUUCGUCAUUUCAACAAAAUUCCCACUUCAAUUCCCAUCGUGCUCCCCUCACUCUCUCUCUCUCUCUCUCUCCCCUCUGGUCUUCCUCCUCUUCCUUUCUGACUCUGCAAAUUCUGUAGAGAGAUAGUGAAAGCAGGUUAGUGAGAGAAAACAGACAAAACAAAAAACCCUAGAGAGAAUACUCCAUUUUCAUGGAAAAUCUCUCGCACUCUCUUUCCCGGAAAGCUUACAAUGCCAAUGGCUUCGCAGCUCAGACCAUCUACACCGACGUUUUCAGAGGCCCGCCCAAGUUCGGAGCCUCCACUCUCUCUCCUCGGGUCGAAGACUACACUGAGAUCUUCGGUAGCUUUCGCGCCUCCCGAGCUUCGUCUAUCCCCAUUCUGGAUCUUCCGGUGGUUCAAGAAUCGGAUGCUUCUUUCGAUGUUCGGAGCUUUGACUACUCUCAAGUUUUCGGCGGUUUCAACGGCCUAGAUUUCGCCGUCUCUUACCAAGAAGUUUUCAGCAAAUCAAACAGUGGAGAUGAUUCGUCAGAGGAUGCUUGGACUCCAGCAGCAAGUGGAUCGUUGUCGGAUGAGUCGGAUCCUUUUGUCCUUGGUGAAAAUAAUCAAAGCUCGUUAAAUGAGGACUCUGGCGAGUCAUCUGUUGAAUGUAAGCAGUUCAAUAUAUCAUAUAACAAGGCCAAUCAAAGAUACAAGGAAGAUGUGGCAAAUGGGAUGACACAUGUAACUCAAUUACAUGCUGUUCCUGGAUUUACUUAUGUAGUUAAUGGAACUUCGCAGAAGAUAGAAGAUGAGAUUCCACCUUUAGAGGUACUUGAUGAUCUUAAUCUCAGCAUGGAUUUUAGCAGGGGAAUGAAGGAAGGAAAAGUAUUCAGAAAAACUAUGUCACUCCCCCCAAACUGUACUUCCAGCUUGCAGACAUUUGGAAGUGAUCACAAACUUCCGAAAGGAUAUGGAAAAACCAAUUCUUUUCCUAAUGAGCCCUUUUUAACUCUCUCUGAUAUCAGCCUCAGAACUCGGCCCUCUCAUUUGCCACCACCCUCAAGGCCACCACCUGCUUUAUCCAUGAAAGAGGGGGAUUGUGAUAGACAGAACUCAAAACUCACUUACUCCAAAAGUUAUGCUUUUGAAAGAAAGGCAGAUGAUGGUUCUCCACCUUUCCUUGAUGUGGAGGUAGAUGCAAGUUCAUCUGCCGUGGCCUCUGCUGCGGCUAUGAAAGAUGCAAUGAAAAAGGUUCAAGCAAAACUAAAAAGUGCAAAAGAACUAAAGGAAAGAAAGAAGGAGGGUCUUCAAUGCUGUAUGAAGCUGGGCUUGAAGAAUGAUCUAAAAGACGAGGAGGAAAAGCCGAACAAGAGUUUGGAUGGAUUGAACAGUUUUAAAGAUGUGAGAAAGCAGGGAACAUGUGAAAGUGAAUGCAGUGAAGUAGAAGCCUUUGCUGGGGACGAAAAGCCAAAAGUAAUGAAGUCGAGCCAGGUAGUUUCAGAUUACAUAGAGGGGGAAAGAAAUAUAAACCUAGGUAAAAAAUAUACAAAGGAAAAGCAUGGGAAGGAGUUUAGAUCAUCUACAGCAUCUCACAGAAGUGAAAGAACUGUUGCAUGGAGAGAAGGAACACAAUUUUAUGAAGUUGUUGAGACGGAUGAACCCAAAACAAACAUUGAGCAGGCAAAGGAUGAAAAGAUUUCCAUGCAAAAUAAACAGUUUCAUGAGCAAGGACAGGAGAAAAAAGCAGCCAAGGGAGCAUUUGAGCUGCAGAAAGACGGUAAUAGGAAAAAUAAAGCAGCCAGGGAUGCUCACAUAUGGAAGGGCAGUGUAAAUAAAUUAGAAGUGGCUGAAGGGGCUUGUAAAUUGGAUGAAGACAAGGGGAUGUCAGAAGCAACUAGAGAGUCGUGCUUGAAAGGGCAACAUGGGAAGAAAGUAGAAGUGGCUGAAGAGGUUUGUGGACGGAAACAGAAUGUGAAGAAACCUACAAUCAUCCAGCUGCAAGGAGACAUUGAGAAGAUACUAACUGAAGCUGAUAUAUGCGAAAAACAUGAGAGCCUGACACAAGUUCAACGGAAAGAGAAUGAACGGGAAGUUACACAAAAACUAAGAGAUGCUAAUGGAAGAACAGAAAACGAGAAAAGAUUUGGGAAUGCUCAUGAAAGGAAAGAAAAUGAAAGAAGGCAUAAAGAAAUGCUUGAGAGGGAAAAAUAUGAGAAAAGACUUGGAGAGGCUAUUGAGCAAGCAGACAGUGAGAAGAGACUAAAAGAAGCUCUAGAGCGGGAAGAAAAAGAGAAGCAGCAACAAGAAGCUCGUGAAAGAGAAGAACAUUUGAAGAGACAGAAAAAGGCUCUUGAGCAGAAAGAGAAUGAGAAGAGAUUAAAAGAGGCUUUCGAGCGGGAAGAGAAUGAGAAGAGACUAAAAGAGGCUUUUGAGCAGGAAGAAAACGAGAAGAGACUCAAAGAGGCUUUUGAGCGGGAAGAAAAUGAGAAGAGACUCAAAGAGGCUUUCGAGUGGGAAGAAAAUGAGAAGAGACUCAGAGAGGCUCUCGAGCAGGAGGAGAAUGAGAAGAGACUUAAAGAGGGUCUAGAGCGGGAAGAGAAUGAGAAGAGAUCAAAAAAGGCUCUUGAGCAAGAAGAGACUGAGAAGGGAUUAAAAAUUACUAUUGAGCACGAAGAGACCAAGAAAAAGCAAAAACUGGCUUCUGAAAGAGAAGUCCAUGAGAAAAGUCUAAUGGGAGAGAACAAGAGCGAACUGAAAAGGGACCUUGAACUGGAAGAAAAUGCGAAGAAACAAAAAGAGGCUUAUGAAAGAGAAGAAAAUGAGAAGAUGCAGAAUAAGACUCAUGACAGAGAAGAGAAGAGACUUGAAGAAGCUUGGGAGCAAGAAGAAAAUAAGAAAAUAUCACAAGUGACUCAUGAAAGAGUCAAAAGUGAUAAGAUAUUAAGAGAGGCUUUCAACCAUGAAGAAAUUGACAAAAGAUCAGAGGAGGCAAGUGAAAGGGAAGAAACUGAGAGUAGGAGUAAAAGUGCUGGUAAGCAGGACAAAUUGAAGGGAAGGAGCAAAGAUCAUGAGCAAAUUGACAGGGACAAAGAUGAGAGUAAAAAAUUGCAUCAAGAAACUUGUGUACACAAGGAGGGGGAGAAUUUGAAGGCAUCUAAUGGGCCAUGUAAGCUGGAUAACAAUAAGAAACUACAACCAACUCAAGUAUGCCGUGAACAUGAUAAAAGCAUUGGAAAACUGAAGGAGACCGAAGAGGCCCUUUCAUGCGAAGGGGAUAGAAUCAUGAGGACUGAACCUGAAGAUACUGAAAAGGGACGGGAAGCAAUUGGAGUGGAGAAUGAGCUGGUUGAAGAAAGAUUCAACUCAUGUUGCAUGGUUCAUGAUGAAUUGCAAUAUGAAAAGAACCAACUCAGAAUGGAAGAUACUGAGAACUCACUUCGUGGGCAAGAAAGUGUGACAAAAUCAGGUGAAGCUGACAUUGGCAUUGGACAAACACACAUUGAAAGAAAGAAAAAAGCUUCUGAAAUGGUAUCUGAUCCAGAGAGUCUGACUAUAGCCGCACGUGAACGCGGAGAAAGAGGGACCCAUAUCAAGGAGGAUCAAGUCAUCUUUGACCAAGAAGAAAGCGAGGAUAAAUUGAUGUCAUGGCAAGUGGUCAAAGAGUGGGUUGAAAUUAAUGAAAGGAGAAUGGGAACUGCUCAGCCAACUGUGUCGGAAGGAAAAAGAAACGCACAGAAAGUUAGCACAUACCAAAAAGAAGAAAGAAAAGAGAAGAAUAUUAAUGAGGCUCCCACACCAGAAGAGAGAGAAAAAGAAGAAAGGAUGAAAAGGGAAAUAGAGCUGGAACAGGAUCGCCUAAAAAAGAUAGAGGAAGAGAGGGAAAGAGAGAGGGAAAGAGAAAAGGACCGGAUGUCUGUUGAAAGAGCAACCCAUGAAGUUCGUGAAAGGGCAUUUGCUGAAGAACGUGAGAGGGCAGAAAGAGCUGCUGUGGAGAGAGCAACUGCUGAAGUUCGACAAAGAACAAUGGCAGAGGCCCGAGAAAGAUUAGAGAAGGCAUGUGCGGACGCUAAGGAGAGGUCAUUAGCUGGGAAAGCAUCUAUGGAAGCCAGGCUUAGGGCAGAGCGCGCUGCAGUAGAGAGAGCAACUGCAGAGGCUCGAGAGCGUGCUGUUGAAAAAGCAAUGUCCGAGAAGGCUGCUUUUGAGGCACGUGCACGGAUAGAAAGAUCAGUUUCUGAUAAAUUCUACGGUUCUUCCAGAGAUGGUGUAAUGAGACAAUGCUCUUCAUCCUCUGACCUGCAAUUUCAGAGAGGGGGGCUUUCAAAUGGAUCAAAAUACUCAUAUUCUUCAGUUCAUUGCGGUAUGGGAGUUGAAGUUGAAACGGCUCAGAGGUGUAAAGCUAGGUUAGAGAGAUAUCAGAGAACAACUGAACGUGCUGCAAAAGCUCUAGCAGAGAAGAAUGUGCGUGAUCUUCUUGCUCAAAGAGAGCAAGCAGAGAGAAAUAGAUUAGCUGACGUUCUGGAUGCUGAAGUCAAGAGAUGGUCAAAUGGGAAGGAAGGGAACCUGCGUGCAUUGCUUUCAACCCUGCAAUAUAUUCUUGGGCCUGAUAGUGGUUGGCAGCCAAUCCCCUUAACUGAAGUUAUUACUACCGUAGCUGUAAAGAAAGCUUACAGGAAAGCCACUCUUUGUGUUCACCCCGAUAAAUUACAACAACGGGGUGCAAGUAUUCAGCAGAAGUACAUAUGUGAAAAGGUUUUUGAUCUUCUGAAGGAAGCUUGGAACAAAUUUAACUCGGAAGAACGGUAGCUGAUGCUUAUCUACUAUGUCUGCAGAAGGGCAUACAAGAUUUGAUGUGAUAGCACAUCCUGUAAUUUAUACAGCUAGCUAGUAAAUUCCUCUAUAUAUGUCUAAUAUCUCUCUCUCUCUCUCUCUCUAUAUAUAUAUAUAUAUAUAUUCAGAAUGUAAGCUUCAACAACAUGGAAAUUGGCAGGAAAGAAUUGUUAUUGAAAGAAAAGUGGGCAGCUCUUUUUUGUACUUA